CUGGCUGCCUGAAGAAAAACGCAACUCAUUCUAGUUCCUGUUCACUUUGCCCCUUACUCUUUGUUGGCUUUAUAGUCUUUCCUUGGGUUGGCUUGGCUUGGCUUUGUGGGUGCUCCGAUUGGAGAUGAAGUGAGAAAAAUGGAUCAAAACCAGAGAUCAUCAUCGUCCUCAGCAUCAGCUUCCCGAGCUUACCAGUUCCACCCCGCACGUGCUGCAAUUGUCAAUCUAUUCGACCUCUACUUAGGAAGAAGUAGUCGCCAAAAGCCUGAGGAUUCAGUUCGAGAACCUCCGAACAAGUCACAGAAGCGUGUAGUUGCUCUUAAUAGGGAGCUUCCUCCUCGAAAUGAGCAGUUCCUUCUAGAUUUUGAGCAACUGCAGAGCCAGUUUCCUGACCAAGAUCAACUGCGUGUUGUGACAGAGUCUGUUCUUAUAUCUCUAGUUGUGCAGUGUAGUAAUCAUGCACCGCGAGCAGAAUUUCUUCUUUUUGCUUUAAGGAGCUUGUGCACUAUAGGUCACAUUAACUGGGAUAGCUUUUUGCCCUCCCUUUUUUCUUCGGUCUCCACUGCAGAAAUGUCAGUGGGUCAAGGGAGUCAAGCAAUGCCUGCUGUUUCAUCACAGUCCGGUAUGCUUCAAUCUUCAAAUAACAUUCCUCAUUCGUCUAAUUUUCAAACUUCAAAUCCCGCUUCUCCAUUACCUGCAGUACAUGGUAUUGGUUCCCCCGGCCAGUCUGCUAUUGAGCCAUCAUCUUGUGUAACUAUGUCACCAGUUAAAUCAUCUGAUAUGCCCUGCAAUGGACAGCAGGCGACGGCAAGAGUCAAUUCAUCUAUAAGAGAUAAUGCUAUAAGCAGUCUACGUCAGCUGUGUUGCAAGAUUAUUUUAACUGGACUUGAAUUUAAUUUAAAACCAGUAACUCAUGCUGACAUCUUUUCCCAUAUGCUGAAUUGGCUGGUUAAUUGGGAUCAAAAACAACUGGGGGUUGAUGAAUCUGAUGGUGUAAAAUCCUGGAGACCUGGCAAGGCUCUAAUUGAAUGGCUACAUAGCUGUUUGGAUGUGAUAUGGCUUUUGGUUGAUGAGGAUAAAUGCCGAGUGCCCUUCUAUGAAUUACUGCGCAGUGGCUUGCAAUUUAUGGAGAAUAUACCUGAUGAUGAAGCCUUAUUUACUCUAAUCUUGGAGAUCCAUAGGAGGCGAGAUAUGAUGGCUAUGCACAUGAAAAUGCUAGAUCAACACCUACAUUGCCCUACAUUUGGGACUCAUCGGAUUUUCUCACAGACUACUCCUAGUGUUUCAGGCGAAGCAGUAGCGAGCUUGCGGUAUUCACCAAUUACAUAUCCAAGUGUUCUUGGAGAACCAUUGCACGGAGAGGAUCUUGCAACUUCAAUUCCAAAAGGAAGUUUGGAUUGGGAGAGAGCGUUGCGUUGUAUAAGGCAUGCUCUUUGUACUACUCCAUCUCCUGACUGGUGGAAACGCGUGCUGCUUGUAGCCCCUUGCUAUAGGUCUCCUUCUCAAGGGCCUACUCCUGGUGCUGUUUUCACUUCUGAAAUGAUUUGUGAGGGAACAAUUGAUAGGAUUGUUGAGCUAUUGAAAUUGACAAAUUCAGAUAUUAAUUGCUGGCAAGAGUGGCUUGUCUUUUCAGAUAUAUUCUUUUUUCUUAUAAAAAGUGGAUGUGUUGAUUUUGUUGAUUUUGUGGACAAGCUAGUUUCACGCCUUACAGAGGGUGAUCAACUUAUUCUUAGGACAAAUCAUGUCACUUGGCUUCUUGCUCAAAUUAUUCGGGUUGAGCUUGUGAUGAGUGCUUUAAAUGGAGAUGCUAGAAAGGUGGAGACGACCCGAAAGAUCCUAUCGUUUCAUAAAGAAGAUAAAAGCUCAGAUCCGAAUAGUCCUCAGAGUAUCCUGCUCGACUUCAUAAGCAGUUGCCAGAAUUUACGUAUUUGGUCGUUGAACACGACAACUAGAGAAUAUCUGAAUAACGAGCAGCUUCAGAAAGGAAAGCAAAUAGAUGAAUGGUGGAGGCAAGCAAGCAAAGGGGAUCGAAUGGUGGAUUAUAUGAAUAUGGAUGAUAGGUCAAUUGGGAUGUUUUGGGUUGUGUCUUACACCAUGGCGCAGCCAGCUUGUGAAACUGUGAUCAAUUGGUUAUCAGCUGCUGGAGUUGCUGAGUCAGGAACAAACCUACAGUCCAAUGAGAGGUUAAUGGUUAUGCGGGAAGUAAGUCCAUUGCCGAUGUCAUUGUUAUCUGGCUUUUCAAUAAACCUAUGUUUGAAGCUGGCGUAUCAAAUGGAAGAAUCUUUAUUUUCUGGCCAGGUUGUACCUAGUAUUGCAAUGGCAGAAACAUAUACUAGGCUGCUACUCAUUGCACCUCAUUCAUUAUUUCGUUCUCAUUUCAGUCAUUUGGCACAAAGGAACCCGUCGGUAUUGAGCAAGCCAGGCGUAACUCUUUUGGUGCUUGAAAUUUUGAAUUACCGUUUGCUUCCACUUUACAGGUACCAAGGAAAAAGCAAAGCGUUGAUGUAUGAUGUUACAAAGAUCAUUUCUGCUCUAAAAUCGAAACGUGGAGACCAUCGUGUAUUUAGAUUGGCCGAGAACUUGUGCAUGAAUCUAAUUCUGUCUUUGAGAGAUUUUUUCUUGGUGAAAAGGGAAGGGAAGGGCCCAACUGAAUUCACAGAAACUUUGAAUCGAAUAACUGUUGUCACUCUUGCUAUCAUCAUUAAGACACGAGGAAUUGCUGAUGCUGAUCAUCUGCUUUAUCUUCAAACCAUGUUAGAGCAGAUAUUAGCCACUAGUGAACACACAUGGUCAGAUGAAACACUACGCUUUUUCCCUCCUCUUCUUCGUGAUUUCUUGAUUCCUCGGAUAGAUAAAAGGGGUUUGGCAAUUCAAGCAUGGCAGCAGGCGGAAACCACUGUGAUUAACCAAUGCACCCAGCUUUUGUCACCAUCAGCUGAUCCUACUUAUGUUAUGACCUAUAUCAGUCAUAGCUUUCCUCAACACCGAAAAUAUCUAUGUGCUGGUGCAUGGAUCCUGAUGCAAGGGCACCCAGAAAACAUUAACAGUGUAAAUUUGGCACGUGUCUUGAGGGAGUUUUCCCCUGAGGAAGUGACGCAUAAUAUUUAUACAAUGGUGGAUGUUCUGCUUCAUCACAUUCAGUUGGAACUUCAGCACGGCCAUUCUUUGCAGGACCUCUUACUGAAAGCUUGCGCAAACCUAGCAUUUUAUAUUUGGACCCACGAGUUACUCCCUUUGGAUAUUUUGCUUCUGGCACUUAUUGAUCGUGAUGAUGACCCCCAUGCUUUGCGUAUUGUGAUGAGUCUACUUGAUAGGCAAGAACUUCAACAAAGAGUGAAACUAUAUUGUAUGAAUCGAGGUCCCCCUGAACACUGGAUUUACUCUGGAGUCUUCAAACGAGUUGAAUUGCAAAAGGCCCUUGGGAAUCAUCUCUCUUGGAAGGACAGGUAUCCCACAUUCUUUGAUGAUAUUGCAGCACGUUUGCUUCCAGUGAUUCCAUUGAUAGUUUAUAGACUAAUUGAAAAUGAUGCCAAGGAUUCGGCUGAAAGAGUUCUGGCCAUGUAUUCCCAAUUUCUUGCUUACCACCCUUUAAGAUUUACAUUUGUUCGUGAUAUACUUGCAUAUUUCUAUGGUCAUCUUCCUGUAAAGCUUAUUGUUCGAAUAUUGAAUGGACUCGAUAUCAACAAGAUCCCAUUUUCUGAGUCAUUCCCAUCGCACGUUAAUUCAUCAAAUUCUGCCAUGUGCCCGCCUCCGGAUUACUUUGCAACACUCUUACUGGGAUUAGUGAAUAAUGUCAUACCUCCAUUGCAUAACAACUCAAAAUCUGGUUCAGUGAGUGAUGCUCUAAAUAAUUCAAUGCGUGCCCCACCUAACAAGACUCCAGCAACGUCUCAGUCUGGGCAAACAAAUGUGUCUGAUGGCCAAAAAGCAUUUUAUCAAAUUCAGGAUCCAGGCACAUAUACUCAACUGGUUCUUGAAACAGCAGUAAUUGAAUUACUCUCUCUUCCCGUAUCCGCAUCCCAGAUUGUAUCAUCAUUGGUUCAAAUUGUCGUCAAUAUACAACCGACAUUAAUUCAAUCCAGCAAUGGCUUGCAUGGAGCUCCAAAUGGUGUUGGCCAAGGCUCAGUUUUACCGACAUCCCCUUCAGGUGGAAGCACAGAUUCCUUAGGCACAAGCAGAUCAACAGCUUCAGUAUCAGGAAUAAAUGCAUCUAACUUUGUUUCUCGAAGUGGUUACACAUGCCAACAAUUGUCUUGCUUAUUGAUCCAAGCCUGUGGUCUUCUGCUGGCUCAGCUGCCUUCUGAUUUUCAUGUACAACUCUAUAUAGAGGCGUCACGUAUAAUAAAAGAAACAUGGUGGCUCACUGACGGCAAAAGGUCACUGGGGGAACUAGACUCUGCUGUUGGUUAUGCUUUGUUGGAUCCAACAUGGGCUGCUCAAGACAAUACCUCAACAGCCAUUGGUAAUAUUGUUGCCCUGCUUCAUUCUUUUUUCAGUAACCUCCCACAGGAAUGGCUAGAAGGGACCCAUCUUAUCAUCAAACAUCUCAGGCCAGUGACAUCCGUUGCAAUGUUGAGAAUAGCAUUCCGUAUAAUGAGUCCAUUGCUCCCUAAACUUGCCAAUGCACAUGCCCUCUUCAGUAAGACCCUCUCAUUGAUUUUAAGUAUGAUGGUGGAUGUCUUCGGGAAGAAUACGCAGCCACCGACUCCUGUUGAACCAUUAGAAAUAGCAGAUCUUAUUGACUUCUUCCAUCACAUAAUCCAUUACGAAGGGCAGGGAGGCCCUGUGCAGGCAAACAGCAAGCCCAGACCAGAGGUUUUAGCUCUCUGUGGAAGAGCUGCAGAAAGCCUACGUCCAGACAUACAGCACCUCCUUUUCCACUUAAAACCUGACACGAAUUCUUCCAUUUAUGCUGCUACUCAUCCCAAGUUGGUCCAGAAUGCAUCAUAAUUUUAGGGUUUUAGCAUUUCUCUUAAGCAGGUGAACUUUCUUCCAUUAACACUUUUGAGUUAAUACAGAACAAUAUAAGAUUACUUUCUUCAUCAAGUAUGUAAAAUCGUGUAUAGGGUAAGAUUAUAUAUGUAACCAGCGACAGAAGUAGGAAGGCUUAGGUGGAGUUAUUUUUAUUAGAUUUUCUUUUCAAUAGAACUUGAAAUCGAAUGUCAAAUUAUUGUUUAUUUACCAGAAAAUUAAAGAUUCAGGA